AUGACUAAUAGCCUCAAAGUAAAUCGAUUCGGAUGGGUCUCGCGGUGGUUUCAAAUGCUUGUGAUUAUUGGGUCCGUGUUUUCGUUCUUCGUAGACAUUGGCGGUGGAUACAUCGACGUCCUUCCUAGCCUUAGACAAUCAUUUUUUUCGAAGGCAAGGUCCUUUAACCAUGACGGUGACGGAUCACAGGAAAAUUGUGACGUUUUGAACGGAAGUUGGGUCAGGGUCCAGGUUCCGGCUUACCCCUUGUAUAAUGCCACAGGGUGUCCUUUCGUAGAACAAGGAUUCAAUUGCUUAGCUAAUGGACGGAACGACGAUGAUUAUCUUCACAGGAGGUGGAACCCAAGUGAUUGUGAUGUUCCAUUGUUUGACGUUCGUAGUAUUUUGGAGAUGUUUCGAAGCAAAAGAAUUGUUUUUGUCGGUGAUUCAAUGAGUAGAACACAGUGGGAAUCACUGAUUUGCAUGUUGAUGGCUGGAGUAGAGGAUAAAAAGAGCGUUUAUGAAGUUAAUCAAAAUAAGAUAACAAAGCGUAUUAGAUUUUUAGAAGUUCGGUUCACUUCCUUCAACUUCACCGUUGAAUUCUUUCUCUCAGUUUUCUUGGUGCAACAGGGUCCCGGUCCAGAAAAUGCUCCGGGGAUGGUCAAAUCAACUAAAUUGGACAUAAUAGAUGAUACUAGUGAUCAGUGGAUAACUUCAGAUUCUCUGAUAUUCAACUCGGGGCAAUGGUGGGUGCCGUCAAAGCUUUUUGAGAAGGGUUGCUAUUUCCAGGUUGGAAGCUCACUGAAACUUGGAAUGUCAAUUCCUGCUGCCUUUAGAUUGGCACUUGACACUUGGUCAUCAUGGGUUGACAGAAAUAUCAACAAACACAGAACACGCGUCUUCUUUAGGACUUUUGAGCCAUCACGUUAUCAUAAACAUAGGACUUGCAAUGUGACCCAAUAUCCCGCUCUUGAGACUGAUGGAAAGGACAAGAGCUUGUUUUCAGACAUAGUUUUGGACGUGUUAAAGAAUGUCACAGUUCUCAUAAAUGUUCUCCAUGUUACUUUUAUGUCGGCUUUCCGGAGUGAUGCACAUGUGGGUAACUGGAGUGACAACCUGUUCCCUGAUUGUAGCCAUUGGUGCCUACCUGGCGUACCUGAUAUAUGGAAUGAAAUUGUCCUCUCCCAACUCUUUACUUGUUAG